CCUGCCGAUGCCAGGUGUUAUUCGGGUCAACCCGUAUGGACCCGAGUACGACCCGAUGCCCAAGAAAACCCCAUAUAAAUCGACCCGAUCUCGAUUUCUAUCUCUUCUCUCUAUCCUCGCCGCUGUCCACGGCCUUCCCGCCGCCGCAGCUGCCGACACCUCAUUCCUCGGCCACCCCUCUUAGAUCUGUUGUUGUGCUUAGUAUCUUCUCGCCAUCCAAAUCUCGUGAGCUUUGUAGCAUCGAUUUUAGAAAUCUCUUGGUUUGGUUCGUUGAAUGCAAUUUCCAACUCCGAUCACCUGAAUCUUCAUUAUUCCGCCGACUUCCACCAGCCUCCAGUGGAUUAUUUCAGUGGCUUAUUGAUAACCUUGAGCUUUGUGCGGAUGUAAGACUCGAAUCUGAAUCAGUGAACUGUGUUGAGAAAAUUCUAGAAUCAAUACCAAAGGAAGAAACUGUCAUUGACAUUGAAAGUUGUACUCAAACGGCAGGCCCAGAAGCGGACACUCCUUUACUUUCCGAUAAUAUCUCUGGAAAUAUAGUUUCGGUUACCAUUUGCGGUGUAUCUAUGAGCUUAGAUGAAAAUUCGAACGAUACAAAGAAUGUCAGCAAAGAUAAAGCGAGCAGUAAGAACAAUAAUGAAAAUAAUAAGGAAAAGUGUAACUCGUUGACAGCCAAGAAGCCUCCUAAACCUCCACGCCCAGCAAAAGGAUUGUCGUUGGAUGCGGCUGACCGGAAGCUGAUCAAGGAAAUUUCUGAACUUGCAAGGAUGAAACGUGCUAGGGCUGGGCGUACCAAGAAAAUGAAAGCAGCAAAGGGAGACACAUCCUUUUCGGUGUCGUUUGGCGCGAACUUGAUUGCUGUGGUGUUCACUAUUAUCUUCUGCAUUGUGGUCAUUUUUCAAGGUUGCCAUUCUUCAGGAAUUUCUCCUGGAAAUAUAUCACCAUUACCAGCUAUGCCUGUCGAGGGUUCGCAUAAGCCGACUGGCACUUUGGGUAAUAUUAUUGUAUCGAAAGACCAGCGGAAUUUCUCCUCUAGUGGUGUACCAUUAACCAGCGUUGAAUCUCCACACCUAGUGAAUCCAGUUCCUGCUUAGGGUGGAAUAGAUGAACCAGAAAAAGAUGUCCACUGAUCAAAUCGAUUAUUCUCUUGGGAAAUAAAUUUGAUGAUUUUGUAUAGUUUAUUGUAAAUUCAUGUACAAGGUUGUUUGUAUCUGCGUUUUGAGUCCGAAGAGUGUGUGCAGGCUUCUUGACUCAUGUCUUUUCAUUGUGGAGCUUUGUUUUUUGCUGAUCAUUCCCAGCCGGAAAUUUUGCAUCUCUUGGCUACCUAAGACAGCUAGUAUAAUGGACCUCAAUUCUUGGACACCCUUGAUAGGAAGUGCCUACUUCCCUGGCUAUAACAGGGUCCAAGAAGGAGGGUGCAAUACCUAUUAGGGUCCAUACAUUAAGGUCCAUUAUGCUCCCCCUCCUUUGAGCAUUCACAUUUAGGUUCCAAUAUUUGGUUAUAAUUUUGCUCACGUGAUAUAUAAAUUAUUUUCAUUAGCCUGGGCAAAAAAAUUACUUAUCAUUUUAAAAAUCAAUUCUCCUUAUAUAAAAAUGUUUAUAAUAUUUUAAUUCCUUGUAUGAGGUGAUUUAACCAUGCAGGCUGAUUCAUUAUAU